CUUGAAUGUGGAUGAGUAGCGAAACCUGGGUCAACGGUUGUACGGUAGAUAAACAGUAAAUUAUGGAUUCAAAAGUCACGAAACGAGCGAAAGAGAAGCAGGAGGUAUACCUGAAGAAGUUUGAAGCCUGGAAACAGCAGAAGCAGAGACUUGAGAAGCAGUCAAAAACCAGUGGUCUUCCACCCUGGAAUAAGCAUUCUGCGAAGGAAGGGGCAUCAAGAAUGAACAAUAACAAGCUGACGGUAGGGCAACGGAGGGAGACAUUUGAGAUUCCUGCGGCCUUACGGAACUCCCCAAUACCUUUGUCACUAUUGCCUAAGGUACCAAGGUGUGGUCCUCCCCGGAAAAGUGUGGAGAAAGAUCCAACAAAAUUUAGGAGUGGCAAGGAAAAUAACACUAAUACUCAGUUAAAAGUGAAUAAACCGAAAUAUGCAGGUACGAAACCUAAUGAAGCCCUAGUUAAGCAUAACAACAGAAAGUCAUUGUCCAAUGUAGGUGUCAGUGCUAAACCCAAAGGUGCACCAGACUUGGACAAGAGGAAAUCCUGUGUGAUUCAUAGACCUUCUGCAUCAACCAUGGCACAGUCAUCCAGUUCAAGCCAUCAACCAUUUAUUAGACACACCAAGACUUCGUUGGCAAGGAUGAAUGUUCUACCAGAAGUGAAGGAUGAUUACAUUGAAAGAUUUAACCGAUGGAAAGCCGAGAAGACACAAGGUAACAAUGGUAAAAAUCUUCCUCCAAAAAGUGGGAUUUCUUGUUUGGAGAAGAGAAAGUCAUACAUACCACAGACCAUAAAGCAACGUUCACAAAAUGAGACAAAGAAAGGCGCUCAUUGCAAAGUUCCUGUUCCUGUAAAAUCUACAACAGCAGAAAUCAGUGGACAACUAAGGAGAAAAACGAUAUCCGAGCUGACUACCAGGAGCACGAAGCCUGAUCCGUCUAAGACUAGAUGUGACAGGAGGCAAACUGUAUCUUCUGCGACCCUAAACCGGCCUGCUCAGCCACAUAAGUCUGGACUGACUUCUACGAAGCGUAAGAAUCUUGUCCCAGAACAUUCAGUCUCAAAGAGGAAGAGAGUAAGUUACAGCCAAGUGACCCCACAAAAACCCCGACAGACCCCUAGAAGGAAAACCCAGGCUUCCCUCAGGCAAGAGUUGGAGGAGUGGUUAAAAGCUAAAGGUAAAACCCCAUCUCGCUGCCGUCAUCUAAUGUGCUAUGGAACUGACAGAACUUCAGCAGGGGGCCCAUGUCAGCCCCACACUAAGCCACUGUUGUCUGUGGAGGAGAUAUCCCAACAGCAAAGAGCCAUGGAGCAGGAAUUGACAGAGGAUAAUGUAGAUAUGGAUGUUGAGAAGUCUGACAAUCUCAUGGUUGGGGUGAACAUCAUGGAAGAAAAGCUGAGACAACUGCUUAAGGAAUGUAUGGCACUUCUGGAUAUGAGUUGUCCAGUCGAGAGCUUAUUAGCUUGGCUUGACAGGAUAGCUGUAGACAUGCCUGAGGCGCUCAAGUCAGCAGAUUUCUGGAUCUCCAAGGCAAAGCUUAUGCAGUCGACGGGAAACACAAAUCAUGUGCUGGAAGUCUUUGAGCAAGCUGUCCGUCAUGAAGCUAAGCCAUCUGAUGCUCUUGCCAAAGAACUGACAGAGAUGGUGAAGGAGAUGACGACAGGAGGCCUAAAAUACCUGGGUGUCAGUAAGUGUGAGGACCUUCUGGCCACGCCCAGGACACCAGGGCGACAGAUCAAGGAGGUACAACGCAACAACAUCUUCGAGUCGUCCGCCAUCAAGUUCUGCGUCAAGGACAAAACUCCUUUACUCAAGAGGAUGAGAGAUGUAUAUGGAACUGAUGGAUGUUCACCAUGUAUGAUUGUGACCCCUGUCCGUCGGUCCACACGCAAAAGUCUGGCCACCAUCCACGAGUCCCUCCAGGAGAAGGACAGGCUGUAUGCCUCCAUGACUGACAUCCCACUAUCAGAACAGAAGGUCAGCCUCUACCAGGUCAACCCCGCCUUGACAGCAGAAAGCCACACCCACUUGACAGAGGGCGUGUCUUAGGUCCAACUGUGUGAUGUUUGGUAUUGAAACACGUAGUAUAACAGUGUACACUGUGCUUUACAUUGUAUAUCCAUCACCACAUAUCACAGACACGUACUUAUUGAUGGUGGUUUAAUGUCAUCACUAAAUCUAUCAGAAAUAAACUGGUAUUUAGGAAUUUCCUAGAGAGGUAAUUAUGUUACAUGGAAUACCCUGCAAAUGAUUUUUACAGACACAAAUUCACUUCUCAUUUACUUCUCUCAAAGAGGUUUGAUCCAUCAAAUCAUUUGUUAAUGCAUAAUUUGAACUCAAAUUAUUGUAUAAGUGUGGUCUUAUAAGUCUGGAAUGAUGUGAAAUAUUAUGAUAUAAUAUUUGUACUUGCUGCUGACUCGGGAGUUUAUUUAAGGUAUAAUAUUUUGUUUAUAUGGUAGAUUAGUACCCACAAGAGAGCUUUUUUGUCCCAUAAUUAGCUGUCACCAUAUAAAUCAUCAAAUACACUGCAUUUCUAAUGAAAGUAGUUCAUUUUCUAGUCACUAAAAAGAUAUCAAAUUCUUGUUUCUUUCUUUGUUAUGCUUUCAUUCCUUUUUUCAUUAUUAUUUCUUUCCUGGUUAUGGCUGAGCAAUAUAAAUGAUGGCUUAAAACAGAAUACAAAUUGUCUGCACUCUUAAACGCCCACAAGCUUCUAUCACUACAUUCAGCAAGGAAAUGCAAAGAAAAUAUAGCCCAGCAUUGAAUUGAAUUGAAUUGCCUGUAUAUACA